CAGACCCAGCUCUCAUCUGUUCAUUCUCAAAAAAAAGAAAAAUAAUGGCGAAAGUUGCAGGACUAAUCAAGCUUCUCCUUGUGAUUUCCGUGGUUCUAGCCUUCGCAGGCUAUGCCGCCGCGCAAGAGGCGGCGGCGUCAGGGGGGAAAACAGAGGUGAGUGACGUGAAGAGCAAUGCGGAGGUUCAAAAUCUGGGGAGGAAAGCCGUAAUGGAGUUCAACAAGCGCCUGAAUGUGAAGGUGAAUCCUGAGAACAAUGCAAAGAGGCUGGUGUUCACGGAGGUGAUCAAGGCGGAGAAGCAGGUGGUGGCCGGAGAGAAGUACUUCCUCACCAUCAAGGCCACCUCCGAAGAUGGCCAGACCAAGACGUACGAAUCCGAGAUGUGGCUAGCACCAAAGGCUUAA